UGUUAUGACAGUCAAUACCUUAGGAUCUGUUUACGCUGUUUACCCAACAGUUUCAAUAGAUUGUUUUCAGUGGUUUUCAGGAUUAUUUUAUUUUUUAAGAAGCAAAAGCAUCUUCCGGUAUAGUAGCAGUAAUGGCAAAAGCAGUGGCUGAUUAUGUAUUCCUUUACGAAUUGUUGAUGGACAAAAACAUUGAAAAUCAAACUUUGGAAACCGUAUCAAAUAUUGUGCAGAAAAAGUUUGGAAAAUCGGAUUUUCUGAGUGUUGGAACUUUACUGACCGCCCUUAUCCGGAAUGGUGAUCUACCCGGCAUUAUACAGAAGAUUAGUGCUUAUUAUGUUAUCUACGAUUUGUUCAAAGGCGAUGGUCAAAAUGAAACGCCGUUCCUUACCGUGUUUCUUCAUGUUAUCGAACAGAAGGAACUCAUUUCGAAGGUCAACGUCAUUGAGAAGAACUUUGUAGCUCAGCUACUAAGUCCGGGUGGUACAAAAGAGUUAGCAAAACAGACUCCCGGUCAGAUUCUAACGCAAGACAUUAUGAAACUGAAUGCAGACUUUACAGCGCUCAAAGUCCAAAACUACGAAAGGCAAAAGGAAUUACCGACAACGGUCAAGAGUAGUUUGAUGAACAUUGUACCGGCGCCGUCAUCCACACCGUCCGACAACUCAAUACUCGAAAUGAUGGAAGGCUACGUAAAGAAUGAAACGCCGCAAAAAAGCAUUUUUACGCCACAAUUUAUGACCAUUGCACCGCCUCUGCUCGAGGUGGAAGACGAACUGGUUUGGUUCGAUUUCACCAAUCCGGCUUGGCAUAAACCGAUGUACGACACAACAAUCAGCAGUCCGAACAUUGUCAAUUCGGAUGCGAAACGUCUCAUUGCUUUGGCAUUCAAUGAAGCUCUCAAUAUCCAAGAUCGUCAGUUGCUUUUGGCGGAAUUGGAAAAGGAUCCGAACAUUGUCUAUCACAUUGGAUUGACACCAGCUAAAUUACCAGAUUUGGUUGAAAACAAUCCCCUGGUAGCUAUCGAAAUUCUGUUGAAACUGAUGCAUUCAACACAAAUCACUGAGUACUUCAACGUUCUGGUCAACAUGGAGAUGUCUCUGUAUUCGAUGGAAGUUGUGAAUCGACUAACAACUUCUGUCGAUCUUCCAACGGAAUUCGUUUAUCUUUACAUCAGCAAUUGUAUCUCGACAUGUGAAACCAUCAAGGACAAAUAUGUUCAAACCCGACUGGUGCGACUACUGUGCGUAUUUCUCCAGAGUCUCAUUCGUAACAAAAUCAUCAACGUCAAGGAACUGUUCAUCGAAGUGGAGGCAUUCUGUGUGGAAUUUAGUCGAAUUCGGGAAGCUGCAGGCCUCUAUCGACUACUGAAACAAUUGGAAAUCGGUGAACCGGCUGUAUCAACGACACCGACCAAAUCAAAGGAAUAAAUUAGAUGACCGUUUGUUUGGUGUGGAUCGGUAACGUUGUCGUUAGCAGCAGAGAAGCAGCAGAAUCUUGUGGUUCAAUAUUGUUCUCAUUGUAAGAAUACGAUUUCGAUUUAGAACAUAAAGAAUUAUACA